AUGAGAAUCAUUGCCUUUGAAGAGCACUACAAGCACCCGGCAAUCCACGAAGCAAAUCGCGGACACCCCAUAGAAGCGGUGUACAAUCAUGUUCAUAAGGCCACUGGCGGCCAAGGAGACGACUUUCCCCCGGGGAUCAGAGACCUUGGCAAAGGCCGGAUCGCUGAUAUGGAUGCGGCUGGCAUCGACAUCCAGAUCCUCUCUCACACUGUUCCGAGUGUCGAAGGCCUAGAUCCUUCCAUCGCAGUGAAUCUAGCCAGAGAGGCCAACGACUCUGUGGCGGCUGCCACCGCGCAGUACCCAGAUCGCUUCCGUGGAUUCGCUACGCUUCCAAUGUCGGACCCUACGGCAGCUGCCAAGGAGCUCGAACGCGCAGUGGAUGAGUUGAAGUUCGUCGGCGCUCUAAUCAACGGUCACGUCAACGAACGAUACCUCGACGAUAAGUUCUUCUGGCCUGUCUUAGAAACCGCCGAACGACUAGGCGUCCCGAUCUACCUGCACCCACAGGCGCCUCCGAAAGGUGUGGUCGAUGCCUACUACAGCGGAUUCGCGCCGCCUGUGUCCAACGCCCUUUCCCUUGCGGGCCUCGGAUGGCACAUAGACACAGGUGUUCACUGUAUCAGAUUGAUCUUGAGCGGUGUCUUCGACCGGUACCCCAACCUGCAGAUCAUCGUGGGUCACAAUUUCGAGGCGCUAGCGUGGAUGGCGUGGAGGGUCGACUAUUCGUUUUCCUUGGAAGCCAGCGCUGGCCUGAAGAAGACCAUGAAAGAGUAUCUCAGGGAGAACUUCUACGGUGGAAUUCUUGCAGGCGAGUACUUCGCGCAGGAACCCGGGAAGAUCGACCCUAGCUGGAGUUUGGCAUACAACGCUUACCUCGGUAUGGCAAAUGUCAUUGGGACUGAUCGCAUCCUCUUCACGAGCGACUAUCCAUACGGCAAUAUCAAAGCCAGUCGCCAGUUCUUGGAUGAGUUGCCCAUCAGCGUCUCGGAUAAGGAAAAGAUCGCUCACCUGAAUGCUGAGCGACUUUUGGGACUGUGA